AUGUGGCUUCGGUCGUGUAAGUCGCUGAAGGGAAAACGGACACUUUUCACCUUAACCUCUAAAGUGUGUGUUCGCCAGCUUUGUACCAGUCGUGUGGAUUUUGCACAUAGCUACUAUGAUGGCAUUUACCCUGGACACAUCCAUACAACCCCCUUUCAGAAAGCCCUGUUGGCUGUGGGGUCUGGUGUGGCAGCUCUUCAGGACCCCUACAGGCACGAUAUGGUUGCUGUGCUCGGCGAGACCACCGGACAAUUUGCUCUCCUUAAACUAAGAGACAGGAUGAGAAACGACCCUGAAGGCCACACUAUUCUCACAGAAAGGCCCAGGAUUCGGCUGUCGACUCUCGAUCUUAAAAAGAUGGCCUCGCUCCCUGACGGAUCUUUUGGGAGAGAAUAUCUCCGUUUUCUGGAGGACAAUAAAGUCACCCCUGACUCAAGGGCAGAGGUGAAGUUUGUGGACAGUGAGGAACUAGCUUACAUCAUGCUGAGAUACAGAGAGGUCCAUGACUUGUUGCACACCUUACUGGGCAUGCCCACUAACAUGCUGGGUGAAGUAGCGGUGAAAUGGUUUGAGGCUGCUCAGACGGGGCUGCCCAUGUGCACUCUGGGGGCCGUGCUGGGGCCACUAAGACUCAAUGCAAGCCGUUUACAGUCACUCUUCACAUCUUUGGGGCCUUGGGCUGUGCAGAACGGCAGGCGAGCCCGCUGUGUCCUUAAUGUAUUCUACGAGAGGCGUUGGGAACAGAGCCUCGAAGAACUCAGACAAGAACUCAACAUCGAGCCUCCACCUGUCAUACCCGGUGCAACGCAGAAGAGUCGGACUUGA